AUGAUAAUAAAAAAAGAUGAAGAAAUAGACAGAUUCUUAUCAUCAUUUACAAAUAAUGUUCAAAAGGAACUUCAGUCUAUAAUACACGAUGACCAAAGAUUUUAUGAAUGCAACGUUUGCGGAAAUUUUGCACACCAAAAUAAAGAAGUAUUUUAUGACCACAUUAGAGAACAUGAAAAUAAAAAGUUCAAAUGUCCUAUAUGUAAAGAUCAGUUCACUACUUUUAGACAAGCGUACGAGCAUCAGUUUAGUCAUAAAAAACAGAAACCGUUUGAAUGUGAUAUCUGCCAAGAAACAUUCCAUACUUCCUAUGCGGAGAAAAGACACAAGAAAACUCACUAUGAUUGGCUACAAAGAGAUGAAAGGCUAGACUGUAAGAUAUGUAAAAAGAACUAUGCAAAUUAUUUUGAUUUAUACGAACACAAUUCCUUGCAUCACAACUGGCAUCGUAUGCAACUGCCUGUUCUGUGUGACAUUUGUGGAAAAGAUUUUCCAUCGAAAAGGACCUUGAAGAAGCACAAAAAGAGUGAUACACACUUAAAAGAUGGUGCAUUUCUUUGUCAAGUAUGCUCAGAAAAGUUCAAGACUGAACAAGAUCUACAAGAGCAUCAAUCUGUGCAUGCAGGAGAGGAGAGAUUUAAAUGCAGUCACUGUGGGAAAAAGUUUCCUAAUUUCUCUGCUGCGAAGUAUGAAUUUGUAGAUACGGCAAUGAUAACAGAAGAUGACAUAGAUGUGAUUAUACAAACAGAAGAGAAACCAAAAAAACCAAAGCGCAAAAGAGGCAUGAGAGACAUCCUCGCUAAAAUGACUCCAGAAGAGUAUGAAAAAUAUCUCAUCCAGCCUGCCGACUCUGAUGUACCACUAAAUUGUGACAAAUGCUUCAUUACUUUUAAAAAUAACGUUGAAAAGGGCCUCCAUUCUAUAAAACACAAUGAAAAAGGAUUCUAUGAAUGCCACGUUUGUGAAGAUUUUGUACACCAGACCAAACAAGCAUUUGAUAUCCAUAUCAGGGACCAUGAAGGUAUCAAAAAGUACAAGUGUCCAAUUUGCGAAAGACAGUUUACUACGAUAAGGCCUGCAUACGAACACCAGUAUUCACACAAGGAUGAAAAGCCUUUCGAGUGCGAUAUUUGUCAUAGAAAAUUCCCAUCAUCGCAUUCAGCGAAGAAUCACAAAAACAUUGCUCACUACGAAAUGCUAAAUGGGCAAAAAUACGAAAAAUAUGAUUGUAAAAUAUGCAACAUUCAUUACGCUGGCCAUGCUGGUUUGGCUAACCAUAACUUCAAGUUCCACAAAGAUCUGUGCAGGCUUAAACCAGCAUUAUGUGAUAUAUGCGGGAAAGAGUUUAUAACUAAGUAUACUUUGAAGAAACAUAAGGCCUCUCAUUCGGAGGAGAUGCCUUUUGCCUGCGAUCUGUGCCCGAAAAAGUUCGCGCGUCCAGCAGGACUUAAGCAACAUCAAAAAAAGAAAAAGAAAUCUUCGACGAAGGUAAAAGUAGAAAAGAAUAAAGACAAGACAUCCAAGCCUAACAAGACUAACAAAAAGAACGGUACUACUAGAAUCUAUACGAAACGACCAAGGUAUAAAACCAAAGUUAAAGAUGAACCGCUGACGUGUACAAUAUGCCAAACAAUAUUUAAGAAUAAUUUAGAGUUCGCCUUACAUUCCAAAGAUCAUAGCAAAGAUGGCAACUACACUUGUCACCUUUGCGAUUAUUCUUAUAACUUUAAGUACCCUUUUACCGAACACAUGCGAGAGCACGAUGGUGUUCUUAAGUUUAAGUGUAAAGGAUGUACCAAGGUCUUUAAGUACGCCAAGGAUGCUUUAGAACACGGCAAUUUGCACACAGGGGAGAAGCCUUUUACCUGUGAGGAAUGUGGCCUUGGUUUCCCUCUAUCCAAAAGCCUGGUGACGCAUAUAAAGAAAAAACACAGCAAAACUAUCAAAGAGGAAUCAACGCAGAGCUGUGUGAUUUGUGCCAAAGAAUACAAAAGCCACUCAGGGUUGGUACGGCAUUACUCGGCUAGCCACAAAGAACUUGGUUAUGAUUAUUCAGUAGUUUGUGACAUAUGCGGAAAAACAUUGUCCACGAGGAACAAGCUGAAGUACCACAGAAGGUCGCAUACAGGUUUCAAACCAUACGAAUGUAAGAUUUGCCACAAAAGCUUUUCUGUAAAAGCUAGAUUGGAUGGUCAUAUAAGAGUCCAUACGGGGGAGAAACCAUAUGUUUGCAAAUAUUGUGACAAAAAGUUUGCUCAUGCUGCACCUUUUCGAUACCACGUAAAGACCCAUACUGGUGAGAGGUCCCAUUUCUGUCUUAACUGCAAAAAAGGUUUCAUUUCUUUGAGUAAUAUGAAGAUUCAUAUGAAGAGUUGUCAUACGAGUGAAGCAAAUGUUAAGAGCGAACCGUUUGAGUUGGCUCGGGUAUGA